AUGUCAAAAUCGAAACAUCAAGACGAUUUGGAUCUUCUCCUUUCGCUUCAGGAUCGAGUUUUAGAAACGCCACCUGCUUCUCCUUCUUCCCAUUCUCCAGAUUUGAAUGCGGGAUAUUUAUCGGAUGAUGGUUUGCCGAACCGAAUCGGCCAGGGGGACAUGUCUGUCUUUCGGGACGCGGUUCAAGAUUGUCUUGACUAUGAUCCUGAAAGUGCCAUGAAAUCUCUCAAGUCCAAGCAGGACAAGAGAUCCAAUGAUGCUGAGGUUGAGAAAUUUUCAGGGCUGCGAAUUCGGAAUCUGAUGGUAUCACCUAUUGAACUCAGCAACCGUUUGUCAGAUAUAAGAUUUGUUCGGUUACCUGCUUUAAAGAAUUCUCUGACUGGAGAUACUCUUUCUGGGUGUUGGGCCACAAUUGGAGUUUUAACUGAUAAGGGACAGCCUAGAACUAGUUCUGCAGGAAAGACUUUUGCUAUUUGGAGAUUGGGAUGUUUGGAUGAAAAGACUAUUUCUAUUUUCUUGUUUGGUGAUGCUUAUCAGAAAAACUGUGAUGAGAAAGCUGGAACUGUGUUUGCUCUGUUCAAUUGCAAUGUCCGCAAGGAUAACUCGGAAAAUGGAUUCUCGUUGAGUGUUUAUUCAGCAAUGCACAUUUUAAAGAUGGGUACUUCAGUGGAUUAUGGUAUUUGUAAGGGUAAAAGGAAGGAUGGAAUGGCGUGCACGCUAGUUAUCAACAAGCGCCAAGGAAUAUAUUGCAGCUACCAUAAACAGAAAAAAUCGGAGCAAUAUUCAGUUACAAGGACAGAACUAAAAGGAGGGAACUUAAGGACAGCCUUUAUAGACCGUUGCAAGUCACAGGGUAUUUACGUUAAUACUGCGAGUGAUAGAACAAACUUACCAAAAUCCUCAAAGGCUCCUGUGAAAUUGUUGUCUGUUGAAGGAUUAAGAAAGGCAUUAAGCAAUGCGAGCAAAGUGACCACUAAUGUACACUCACAAGGAAUACGAUUUCUCACUGAAGUUGCAGAGAAAACAGGUUCAAAACCAAUAAAAGAAGCACCUAAUGUUCCACCUCAACCCACGAGUAAAACAGACUGCCGGUCCUUGAGAAAAGAUAUGCACAGAAGUAGACCGAGCCAACAACCAGAUUCCAAGAAAAUAAAACUGGAUCAGAGGCAGGCUCCAGUAGAGAAAGGCAAGCAGUUAAAUACCUUUGCUAACAAACAAACUCCCUGGGAAUACUCAAUUCAAUUAAUUAGAGACGAAGGAUCCAAGGGGAUAAAUAGUUCGCCGGCCGGAGCUAAGUUAAGGUUGCGGGUGGCGAAGAUGAGCGCGUCGAGGUUCAUAAAGUGCGUCACCGUCGGUGAUGGGGCUGUGGGUAAAACUUGCCUUCUCAUUUCCUACACGAGCAACACCUUUCCCACUGAUUAUGUGCCAACAGUUUUUGAUAAUUUUAGUGCUAAUGUGGUUGUGGAUGGGAGCACUGUUAAUCUAGGGCUGUGGGAUACUGCAGGUCAGGAGGAUUAUAAUAGAUUACGACCCUUGAGCUAUCGUGGUGCUGAUGUUUUUAUUCUUGCAUUUUCUCUCAUUAGCAAGGCCAGCUAUGAGAAUAUCUCCAAAAAGUGGAUUCCUGAACUGAGGCAUUACGCACCUGGAGUUCCAGUAAUUCUUGUUGGAACAAAGCUUGACCUUCGGGACGAUAAACAGUUCUUUGUAGACCACCCUGGAGCUGUGCCAAUCACGACUGCUCAGGGUGAGGAGCUGAGGAAGUUGAUUGGAGCUGCUGCUUACAUUGAAUGCAGUGCAAAAACGCAGCAGAAUGUGAAGGCUGUCUUUGAUUCAGCCAUUAAGGUAGUUAUGCAGCCACCAAAGCAAAGGAAAAAGAAGAGAAAGGGUCAAAAAGCCUGCAGUAUAUUGUGA